GUGUUAUUUUAGUACAUUCAGCGCUCGGCGCCGGCGUCAUUGAAGUUGCUCGAAAUUUCUGCGCUUUUACGAAAUAAAUCAACUGCCAUUGCGAAUCCAGACAAUAUGUCCCUGGAACAGCUAAAGAUCGAUGUGGCCGAGCUUGCAGCCUUUUUGGAGCAGGCCAAAAGCGCCCGCGUAAAAGCCGUGCUGACCACGGCAAAAGCAGAGGCGGAGCGGGAGAUCGUCAACCUGGAGAUGAAGGCCCGCAUUGCAGAGGAACGAAAGGCGGCUGGAUCCACCGAAGCGAAAAGAUAUCUGCAUGAGCUGACCGACUAUGGUUGGGACCAAAGCGCCAAGUUCGUUAAGCUUUUCAUCACUUUAAAUGGCGUACAGGGAUGUACGGAGGAGAAUGUGACGGUCAACUAUACGCCGAACUCGCUGCAACUCCAUGUUCGAGAUCUGCAAGGCAAGGAUUUCGGCCUGACCGUUAACAACCUGCUUCACGGAAUCGAUGUGGAGAAGAGCUACCGCAAGAUCAAAACCGACAUGGUUGCCAUCUACCUAAAGAAGGUUAAGGAGGGCGAGAACUGGGAUGUCCUAACCGCCAUUCAGAAGCGACUGAAGCAAAAACAGGACACCGAAAUGUCCAAGGACAGCGAGAAUCCCGAAUCUGCGUUGGUGAACAUCAUGAAGAAGAUGUACAACGAUGGUGAUACGAAGACGAAGCAAAUGAUUGCCAAAGCCUGGACCGAAAGUCAGGAUAAGGCCAAGAUGGGCAAGGAGAUGGGCGGCGGCUUGGACUCUCUCGGCGAUCUCUAGAUAUAUGAUAACCCCCCACCCAACCGACUAUAUGUAUUGCUAAAUACUUAGGCACUGCUUCGAUUCCAGCACAAUUUAUAUAUGUGGAUAAAUAAAAGCCCUGCGUGGGCAUUAAGUUAAACGAA